CUUUCUUUGACUACGGAUGAUGUUUUAGUCGAUACGGGAGCAAACGAAUAUAUCUUCGUGAGCCGUGACUUCGCAAGAAAGAUACAACGGUUACUUCAUAUCAAAUCCAUUACGGAUCCCGCCCCGAGACUGGUAGGCGGGUACGAUAACAAGUCUCAACAGAUCAUCGAGGAGCUACUAGAAGUCAACCUGGUCGUCCAGCACAGGACGAUUAGGGACGAACACUUGAUUAUCGUGGACUGCGUUCACGACCUGAUGAUUGGCCGGAAGUGGCUCGACUACCACGACGUACUAGCUGACGCACGACGCCGUCGUCUACUAUUCCCCGAGGAAUGGGAACUUGACCCAAGCUGGUGGACCACCGUUCCGUUAGACCAGUCGGAGCCUGGGCCCCUUAAUCCAGAUUAUCAGGAAGAUGCCCAGAGAAGAGAACUGGCCAUAGAAAAGGAAGAUAAACGCCGGCGUGACGGAAGACUUGUACGCGCACGGAUCGAUGAGUUGGAACGGCAGGAGUACGCCGGAUUCACGGUGGAGGACCCACGUACGCCGGAGGACCCAUUCCCAGAACAUGAUGCGCAGGGCUUGUACCGCAUGCAACGUGACGGCAUAGGCUGGUAUAAGGAGAGGCCCAUCGAGAUGGCAGUACUAAACGAAGCUGCCUUCAAACUAGCCUCUAAGGGCGAGCAGGUCGACGUAAUGACACUACACGAACUCGACAAGCGUAUAUCGGAAUUGAAAGAACUAAGGAACGGCUCCGACGGACUGGAUGAAGACGAUGAGAAGCUACGGGAGCGAGUGUUGAGCGAGCUCCCUUCGCCAUACCACGACUUCCUUGAUGUAUUCAGCAGAGUCCAAUCUGAUAUCCUGGCGCCAAGACGAGGUCUGGUAGACCAUAGGAUCCGAUUGUUACCAGAGAAAGAACCGGAAGACCUCGAUUAUAGUCCCCUCUACAAAAUGUCACUGGAGGAGCUUGAGGCU